CUUCUUUCGUUUUAGCGGAUUGACAUAAACAUAGAACCAUGAGUUACGAGGAGAUGAUUACGUGUCCUAUAUGUCUGGAAAACUUCAAAAAACCUCGCUAUCUCCCCUGUCUACAUACCUAUUGUGAAGUAUGUCUUUCAGAUUACAUUUCCACGGUAUACUCAAAGGAGAAAGAUGGAUUUGCUUGCCCAACGUGCCGUGCGUUUUACCAAUUUCACAUCUCGGAAGACAAAUCUUUGAAGCAGGCUGCUGCAGAAUUUCCAGUUAACCAUUUAAUCAUGACGCUGCUUGAUAAAAAGGACAUAGAACAGAAAAAAAUCGUGUGUUAUUCCUGUUUAAAACGUGGUAAGAACGAACCUGGACAAUUCUGGUGUUACUCGUGCAGUGCUGCUCUAUGCACGGCAUGUGGUGAAUUCCAUACAUCAUUCCCUGCUUUAACUGAUCAUAGAAUGGCCCCACUUGAUGAUACUAAGGAUGCGACAUCUCUUCUUUCAACUGCACAUCAGAUCUGUGAAAUUCAUCCCGACAAGAAACUGGAAAUGUUCUGCGAAGAUCACGAUGUGGCUUGCUGUGCUACUUGUACAAUGGUGAACCACAGGAAAUGUGAAACAGUUUUAACUCUUCAAGAUGCCGCAAAAGGAUGUAAGGAAACAAAAGAUGCAAACCAUAUCGACAAUGAAAUAAAGAUGCUUAUUGAAAAUAUUGACUCUAAAAUCGACUUCUUUACAAAGGAUUAUGAAAAACUAGAGAAGAGCAGCAACAAUCUUAGUGAACAUUUACAAUACUAUAGUGAAAAUUUGAUAAAGCAUAUAGACAAACUAAAAUCAGAGUUUGAUCAAAAAUUAUUAAAAGAACAAAGUAAGGACACGAAAGCAAUUCAGAAACGAAAGCGAACUCUUCUCAAUAUGCAAAGUAUGCUGUCUAACUGCGAAAAUAUUUUAGAAGCUGCUGAAAAGAAAUGCUCUAAAGUACAACUACUUACCUUGAUACCGAAACUUUCCAAGCUUUCUGGAGAAUGUAGAAGCAAAGUUGAUGAGAUGAAGAAAAAUCCCAUUUCCCUAGAUAGGGAAGUCUUAAUUGAUAAAGCAGUUGAAGAGUGCAUGAAAAUAGAUAAAGUUGGAAAACUUACAUGAUAUAUUUUUGAUGUACAUGAUGUAUAUGUAAUUAAGUCAAAUAUUGAAUGAAAAAAUUAUGUUAUUUGCAGGAAUGGGUUAUCAUUAUUAGUAACAGUAAUCAGGUGUAAUCAAAUAAAAUUUGUAGUUUAAUCAUGCAUUUUUCUGAUUAUAAGUACACUGUACAUAUACAUGAA